GAGAUCUCGUACUUGCAUGAGCUGAUUGGCAGCCCCACUCCUUGGUUCCUGAUGGAGGGCUUGCGCUACCAAGUCCGUGGUUCUGGUUCGUCCAGGAUCUGGCUAUGUCUUCUUCUACUUCUCGCCCUUCAGAACAGCAGCUGGGUGCUCUCAGACUCGCCUUAUCUGGUCGGCAUGGGGAGCUAUGACAUAACAGGGCCAGCGGCAGAUGUUAACAUGAUGGGUUAUGCAAAUACCGAGCAGAUUGCGUCAGGGAUCCACUUCAGGCUAAAGUCACGCGCGUUCAUCGUUGCCGAGCCUGAUGGAAAGCGUGUUGUGUUUGUCAAUCUUGAUGCUUGCAUGGCAUCACAGCUUGUCAACAUAAAGGUGCUAGAAAGGCUAAAAGCAAGGUAUGGUGAUCUUUAUAAUGAGAACAACGUGGCUAUUAGUGGCAUCCAUACCCAUGCUGGGCCUGGAGGAUAUCUGCAGUAUGUGGUCUACAUCGUCACAUCUCUUGGGUUUGUUCGCCAGUCAUUUGAUGUAAUUGUCGAUGGCAUUGAGCAAAGCAUCGUUGAAGCUCAUAACAACCUCCGUCCUGGGAAAAUCUAUGUCAAUAACGGCGACCUUCUUGAUGCUGGUGUGAAUCGCAGCCCGAGCGCGUAUCUUAAUAACCCUGCUGAAGAGAGAAGCAAAUAUCAGUAUAACGUUGAUAAACAAAUGACCCUCGUUAAGUUUGUAGAUAAUGAAAUGGGUCCAGUUGGAAGUUUUAAUUGGUUUGCGACUCACGGUACAUCAAUGAGUCGUAAAAAUUCUUUGAUAAGUGGUGAUAACAAAGGAGCAGCUGCACGUUUCAUGGAAGACUGGGCUGAACAAAAUGGUGUUUCAAAGCAGAAAGGUCAUGCAAAUUCUGUUGAUUUUCGAUCCUUGCACCUGUCAUCUGUACUGCCGAGAAGAGUCUCUACAAUAAUCCCGGAACCAAAUGAAAUAACUGAUGACUUAAUGCAAUUGGCAUCAUCCUACGUGGCCUCAGGCGGCAGAAGAUUAGCAGCUUCAAAUAUUGCUAGACGUAUUAGAAGCACUCAAGAAAACACUGCCAAAUUUGUUUCUGCAUUUUGCCAGUCAAAUUGUGGAGAUGUUAGUCCAAAUGUGCUGGGAACGUUUUGUAUAGACACCCAUCUUCCUUGCGAUUUCAAUCACAGCACAUGUAAUGGGAAGAAUGAACUUUGUUAUGGACGAGGCCCAGGGUACCCUGAUGAGUUCGAAAGUACCCGCAUAAUUGCGAGUCGGCAGUUUCUGAAGGCCGCAGAUCUCUUUAAUUCAGCUUCUGAAGAAAUACAAGGAAAAAUCGACUAUAGGCAUACUUACUUGGAUUUCUCGCAGCUCGGAGUUAGUGUUUCUACAAGCACAGGUGGUCAGCAGGUGGUGAAAACAUGCCCAGCAGCCAUGGGGUUUGCAUUUGCUGCUGGAACGACAGAUGGCCCUGGAGCUUUUGAUUUCAAACAAGGAGAUGACAAGGGAAACCCUUUCUGGAGAUUAGUGAGGAACUUACUAAAGACACCAGGGAAAGAGCAAGUCGAGUGCCAUGCUCCGAAACCAAUAUUGCUAGACACUGGUGAAAUGAAGGAACCAUAUGAUUGGGCGCCUUCGAUUCUUCCCAUUCAGAUCAUAAGAAUCGGCCAGCUGGUUAUCUUGUGUGUUCCUGGAGAAUUCACGACAAUGGCUGGCAGGCGGCUGCGUGAUGCUGUCAAGAAUGUACUGAUAAGUGGCAGCAAUGGUGAAUUUAAUAGCAAUAUUCAUGUUGUUCUUGCGGGGCUGACAAACACAUAUUCUCAGUAUGUUACAACGUUCGAAGAAUACCAGAUCCAAAGAUAUGAGGGAGCAUCAACGCUGUACGGUCCACAUACCUUGAGUGCAUACAUCCAAGAGUUUCAGAAGCUUGCCACAGCAAUGGUUACAAACCAACAGGUCCCAACAAAUGUCCAACCUCCUGACAUGCUGCACAAGCAAAUCGGACUACUGCCAGGUGUAAUGUUUGACACAACUCCUAUUGGUGCCAACUUCGGAGAUGUCAGCUCCGACGUUCCUGCAAACUCGAACUUCAGGAAGGGCAGCACUGUGAACGCUACAUUCUAUUCGGCCUGUCCAAGGAAUGACCUUCUCACCAACGGCACCUUCGCACUUGUUGAGAAGCUAAAUGGCAAGGACUGGAUUCCUGUCUAUGACGACGAUGAUUGGUCAUUGCAGUUCAAGUGGUCAAGGCCUUCAAAACUGAGUUCAAAAAGUUUUGCCACUCUGGAGUGGACCAUUCCUGAAGAUGCUGCCUCCGGUGUUUACAGGCUGAGGCAUUUCGGUGCCUCUAAGCCAAUUAUAGGUUCAAUCAAGCAUUUUACAGGUGCCUCUAGUGCAUUCGCAGUGCGUUAGGCAAUACACGAUGCUUUUGGCGGUGUACCUGCCAGAAUGUAGAAACACACACGUCUUGGAAUGUGAUCUCGUUAAGGCACCGACAUGGUUUCUUCCUUGUAUUUACUUGUGUAUGAGAGUUGUAAUGGUGUUCGAUUAUGCGAAAUCCUAUACUUAACUUCCAAGGGAAAUAUAUAUAGCAUGUACAUUAUACUGUCGAUA